AUGCAAAUCAAUGCGUUUGGUAUCGAUGUAUACGAUAACGAUCGGGGUAUUAGUCAUUGCGCUUCUGGUCUAUACAUCGAGGGCUCGGUCUUUGAUCAUUGCUGUCAGUCUAACGCUUGCGCUUCCGGUGAAGGACUCACUCUUGAGAUAAGAGCUCUCAAACGGAUUACAAUCGGAGAGGAAAUAACGUAUAAAGAAGUGGAUUAUCCGGGAAUCGGUCACUUCACUACCGAUGACUUUUACGACCCAACCUAUAGGCCGGUCGUAUUCCUGCCUCAGAGUCCUCAACACAUAAACACCAAAUUUCUUCUCCACACCCGAAAGAAUCCGACAGACCAUCAGGUGAUCACUCAGGGCGACAAAGAGGCCAUCAAGAAGUCCAACUUCAACGCCAAGAAUCCCACAAAAUUCAUUGCUCACGGAUUUCUCGACAACCAGUUGUUCGGCAAAUGGAUGAUCAAAAUGAAAGACGAGUUUCUCGCCAACGGUGACUAUAAUGUCUUCAUUGUUGACUGGAGUGGUGGUAAUGGUCUUCCCUAUGGACAGGCAACGGCUAAUACCCGAGUUGUGGGUCCAGUGUUGGCUCUAUUGAUCAACGAUUUGAAGGAAGUGUCUGGCCUUCAAUUAACUGAUGUUCAAAUUCUGGGUCACUCUUUGGGAUCACAUGUCGCCGGUUAUGCCGGAGAGAAACUGAAAGGACAAGUCGGACGCAUCACUGGUUUAGACCCGGCGGGUCCCUAUUUUGAAGGACUUCCCGCAGCGGCUAAACUCGAUGCCACGGAUGCCGUAUUUGUCGAUGCGAUCCAUUCGGAUGCCCGACACCUGAUCCCAGAUCUGGGUUUCGGAAUGUAUGAGACUUCCGGUCAUUUGGACUUUUAUCCAAAUGGAGGUCACGAUCAGCCGGGAUGUGAUACACAGCGAUGGACUUCAGUGAUAACGGAUGGACUUUUUGAAGGCGUGAGACGUUUGGUGGCCUGUAAUCAUCAAAGAGCUGUCGAUUUCUACACGGAAUCCAUAAACAGUAAGAGUAUUCAUGGAGUGGGCUAUCAGUGCAAUGACUUCGAGUCCUUUACGGCCGGUAAGUGUGAUCAAUGCGGACCUAAUGGUGACAAAUGUGCUGUCAUUGGAGAGAACGCCAAACUGUCCCAAAAGUAUGUAUUCAUGGAGUGGGCUAUCAGUGCAAUGACUUCGAGUCCUUUACGGCCGAACGCCAAACUGUCCCAAAAGUACGAGAAAACCACACAAAAUACACGAUUCUUCCUCUCGACCACUGGAAAGACACCGUUUUUCAAAUAUGAGUUUGAAAUCCGAGUCCGAUUACCCGAAGAGACCCCCGAUUCCAGUGAUAAUCACGGAAUACUUAUGGUUACCCUUCACGGAGAUAAUGACGAACAGAUCACUUUGAAUGAGAAGGAUCAGAUCUUUCAUUUGGGACAAACGUAUACUUUUAUCGCAAAGUUUGACUACAAAUUCGGUGACGUGAAGAAAGUGACGUUCAAAUGGCACCGAACUCUCGGCGGUAUUAUUAAGCAAAAGAUGUGGAUCGACAGCAUUACAGUCGUCCCCCUCUCGUCCGAUCAUAUUCUGGACACACAGGCACAUCUGAAAGAAAUUAAAACAUUUUGUACCGUUAAUCGCGGGGAAGCCAUUCAAAACGAAAAGGACGUCGACUUCGAUGUCAUUUGUAAAUAAAUGGUUAAAACAAGUCUUCACUGAUUUUUAACGCAUUUAAUAAAACUUUUUAAAAACUAAGUAA